GGCUCUGGCUUCUCUACUGAAGUUCCGCCCUCGGAUGUGGUGCUUCUAUCCGGACGCGACGUCUCGGGCAUCCUGCCGCUGGCGCCCACCUCGGGCCAGGUGGAGUUCUUCCAGCCUAGGAGCGUGCAGGAGCGCAUCGUGCAGUACCUGGGCGCGCUGACUGCCUCGCUGGUGCUGUCCAAGGCAGCGGUGCUGGCGGGACCUGCGCUGCUGUACCCCAUCUGGAGCCCCUGGAUCCGCGCCGGACUGCGCAACCUGGACCUUUACUCCAAGAGCUUUGCAUGCGUGGGGCUGUGGAGGGCGCAGGUGCUUGAUGUUCGUGUUAACGGCUUUGGGCUGGGCGGGUUGCUGAUAGGGCAGCAGCAGCCGCCCUCCGUAACCCUGCUGGUGGGCGACCCAUGGGUCAACGGGGCGAGAGCCACGCUUGAGCUUCCGUACCAGCCCAGAGCCGAAACCAUCCAGCCGGGUGACGCCGCGGAGCUGUUGGUGCUGUGUCGAGACGACCGUUUUGUAUCCUUCAAGGUUGUACGGGAGGUCUACCUGCCGCAAGCCGGCGUGUGGCUGUGUGACUACCCCUUCCUCAAUCGAGACCUUUUUUUGUCGGUUAGCUUGGCGGUUGAGCGUCAGCGGCGAGCCGAGUCGGCGGCGGCGGAAGAAGCCUCGUACUACACGUACGAUGUGACGACGGAGCCAGCGGUGGAGGGAGUGGAUGGGGAAGCUGCAUCGGCAACGGGCGCUGCGGAAGGGUGGCAGGACUACACAACAAGGACGCCAGGAGAGACUGGCGAGGAGGGGAGAGGGCAGUCGGGAUCUGCAGGGGCAUGGUCGCCGUCGGAAGAGUGGCGGUAGAGAGGAUGGGUGCCUAGGACGGGGCAUGAAGACAGGGAGGGAGUGGAGGGGAUCGUAGGGGCAGUGGUGAUGGGUUUGUGGACGGCAGUGCAGCUGCGUGGAAGUGCAUGCUGCGAAUCAGGAAAGCAUGAACGCUGAUUUACGGGGCAUAAGGAGGUACGGGCAGGCAGAUGGCGAAGCAAGUAUGACUGCGUUCUCCGCCUCGCCCCUACAAGCCAGCGGGACGGCUUAACUGUACGGAUCCCCGUCGCCGUUCUUCCGGAUCCCCGUCAGGCCGUCACCGUCAGCUUCUCCGGUGUAACAUGCGCAAGAAAGUAUUUCGUUGAUGUGCGGUCUGCAAGGCUAGUGGAAAAAAUCUGGAUUCGUUUUGACGCCUUGAGGGUAACCGCACGUGUGCACAUUAGCGUGUCAUAUCUUUGUAAAGG